CCCUGUGCGGGACAGCGGGGCCGGGAGACCCCCCCUCCUCUCCCCUUUGGAGCCGUCCCACCGGGCACUUCACCGCUCACAGCCCCGCCACGAAGGGCAAAUGCUGGGGGGCCGGGCCCCGCCGCGCCGCAACGGAGGAAGGGGAAGUGCCCGGGCAGGACGCGGGGCCCCGCGGCGGAGGAUGCCGGGGCUGCCCCAUGGAAGGUGAAGGAGCAGCGGCUCGACCCCAGGAGACCCCCCCGAGCGCCGGGGCUGCGCAGGAGCUCCCGAAGGAGGGCGAGAACAGAGCCGAGGGAGCAGCAGGCGCAGAGGAGCUGGGUGCGAGCGGGGCCGCGGGGGACAGCGGUGCCCCCGCCGUGUGUCUGCAGCCGGCCCUGGCCACGGCGCGCUUGGGCCAUGGGGAUGGUGGAGCAGAUGUGCUCACAAAGCCCUCGAUGGACGAACAGAAGAGCACCGAGCUCUCGGCUCUUGACAGUUUCCCCCUGAAGCACUCGAACACGCUGACCAACAGGCAGCGAGGGAACGAGGUCUCAGCCCUCCCGGCCACGCUGGACACACUGUCCAUUCACCAGCUCGCUGCCCAGGGGGAGCUCGGCCAACUCAAGGAGCACCUUCGGAAAGGCGAGAACUUGGUCAAUAAGCCUGAUGAGAGAGGUUUCACGCCGCUGAUCUGGGCUGCAGCCUUUGGAGAGAUCGAAACAGUCCGGCACUUGCUGGAAUGGGGUGCUGACCCCCACGCGCUGGCGAAGGAGCGGGAGAGCGCCCUGUCCCUGGCCAGCAUGGGCGGCUACACCGACAUCGUCACCUUGCUGCUCGAGAGGAACGUGGACAUCAACAUCUACGACUGGAACGGUGGCACUCCCCUGCUCUACGCCGUGCGUGGCAAUCACGUCAAGUGCGUCGAGGCCCUCCUAGCUCGCGGCGCUGACCUGACGGAAGAGGCAGAUUCUGGCUACACCCCGAUGGAUCUGGCUGUGGCCCUGGGACACAAGAAAGUCCAACAGGUUAUGGAAAACCACAUCCUCAAGCUGUUUCAGAACAAGGAGCUGGAAUGACAGCGGCUGCUCCUGCUGCAGCUCCAGCACUGCUCCUGCCUGGCACAGGGCUCUCCUCUGGGAACACUGUGACCUUACCCAGCCAUUCUGGAAUGGGCAGUGGCACGAUGCUUCAAGGAAGGACAUGGAGGAAG